AUGGACAUGGAUGUUUGCCGAAAUGUAUCAGUUUCUACUGAGUUUCAGCAAGAGCUUCCCACCCUUGAUGACCUUUUCUCUCAUCAGAACAUGGAAGUGGAUUUUGGCAUGGAAUGGUUGUCGGUGUUUGUGGAAGACUGUUUUUCCAGUAGGCCAAGUUGCCUCUUGGCACAACCUGGUGUUCAAACCGCAAGCACUAGCACAAAGCCUUCAAGCAUAAUGCAAAGACCCCAACAAAGUUACUGUUCUUUGCAGAAUUUUGCUGUGCCAGGGAAAGCCAGGAGCAAGAGGAAGAGGCUUUCAGCCCCUAGGACUAAACACACUCUAAGCACAUGGUCACAUGAUUUCAGCACUGAAGUGUUGAGUUCUGACCCUCCUCUUUUGAAACAAGCCUAUUGGUUGGCUGAUAGUGAACUCAUUGUCCCAAAGAAGAAGGAUGAAGAGGGGAUUGUGGUGAAGAAGGAGAAAUUGGUGGAGUGUUGUGAUGAGGGUGAAGUUAACAAUAGUAGUAAUAAUAAUAAUGGACAGCACCCAAUUCCCAGAAGGUGCACACAUUGUCUGGCUCAGAGGACCCCACAGUGGAGGGCAGGACCAUUGGGUCCAAAGACUCUAUGCAAUGCAUGUGGUGUGAGGUACAAGUCUGGAAGGUUGUUGCCAGAGUAUAGGCCAGCCAAGAGCCCUACUUUUGUUAGCUAUUUGCAUUCCAAUUCACACAAGAAAGUCAUGGAGAUGAGAAUGAGUGUUCUUCUACCUACAGAGAAGUAG